AACUCUAAUUGAUAUUAAGAAUAGAACAGUUUUGAAGGCGUGUAUUGUAGUGUAUUAUUAUUGAUAAUAAUAUUAGUUUUGUGAGAAAAAUGGCCCCUAAAUUUGAUCAGCAAAAAACAAAACAUCAGCUUUUCCACUUGUCCAUUAGUUUGGCUACGGUGCUAAUUUGUAUGACGUAUUUGCAGUUCCAGCGCAAUUGGGCAAACGUGGGUAGCAUUUGGAAGUCCCUAGUAGUACCUAUUGUUUUUACCAGUGAAUUGCUAAAAGUACUACUUGCGAGAUAUUACAGCCGGUUUGAUGAUAAUGCGCUAACACAAAAGCAACGACAAAAGCGGGCUUCCUACUUUUCAAUACGGGAAAUAAGUGGCGGAUUGUUUUUACAAUUUCUAUGUACGAUUCUUUAUGCAUUCAUAUGUAUUAUACUAGGAGCACCCGUUCUGCAAAGCUAUGAACAGACUUUUGUACUUGCACUUUUACUCACAUUGGAAACAACAUCCCCUACAGUAUUUUUAUUGGGUGGAGGUGGUGCAUUACAAGUGUGUUUCUGUGAAAAACCAGAUUUCAUUACAAAAAGUGAAGAUACUGCGCUUGGAUUAUUUAAAUACAAUGCUAUAGGCGCUAUAUUGGGAGCUUGGGCCGGUUCUGUAGUGGCACCUUUAGACUGGGAUCGCGAUUGGCAAGCAUAUCCAAUACCAAAUGUUGUUGGUGCUUUGCUGGGAUGUGCUUUAGGAAACAUUUAUGCUUGCUCACGAAUUUUGUAUGCUACUGCCAAGGUAUUUUUAAACAGAAAACGCAAUUAAGGAAUGGAAAUCAUUGGUUCCUUUCCAAAAAAUACCGCAAUCGCUGCCAAUAGAGUAACCAAAUAUUUAAAAAAAAAAAAUUAUCGACUUAAAUAAAUUAAUUUACCAAUCUAGUCAAAAGCCUACUGAUUUGUUAUUUCAUAAGCGAAUCUAUUACACACACAUAUAAUUAUAUAUUGUUUCAAUACAUAUAUGUUUGUCCUAAAACAUUUUUUAAAUUAUAUUAAAAAUAAAUUUACACAAUUUUUUAAAAGUUA